UUCUCUUGACACACACCACCCAUUCAACCCACUCAACUCAUUCUCGCCCCCCGUCUCCAAUUCAAAUCCGACAAAAUGGGCAAAGAUAAGGUCGAGAAGGACAAGAAGCGCGCUGAGAAGAAGGAGAAGCGUGCCGAGAAGGACGGUAUUUCCAAGUCCAAGAAGGACAAGAAGGAUAAGAAGGACAAGACCGCUCUCGCCGAUGCGGUAGAGAAGGAGAUCACCUCCCAGGUCCUGGAGGGCUUGGACCAGGCUGCCGCUGCCGGUGUCACCGAGAUUGAGGUCGAUGCCAUGGUUGUCGACCGCCCCGUCGGCGCUGUUGUUCCUUUCGCCAACCCUCUGGUUGAGGACAAGCAGGCCAAGAAGGUGCUCAAGAGCGUGAAGAAGGCUGCCGUCAACAAGUCCCUCAAGCGUGGUGUCAAGGAAGUCGUCAAGGCUCUCCGCAAGUCUCCUGUCCCCGCCGCCAACGCCAAGGUCGACACCCCCUCCGCCGUUGUCAUUCUUGCUGCCGACAUCUCCCCGAUGGACGUUAUCUCUCACAUCCCCGUUCUGUGCGAGGACCACGGCAUUCCCUACGUCUUUGUGACCUCCCGUGCUGAGCUCGGUGCCUCUGCUGCCACCAAGCGCCCCACCAGUGUUGUCAUGGUCACCCCCAAGUCCGGCAAGAACAAGAAGGACGAGGGUGCUGAUGGUGAGGACUUCGGCAAGGUCUUCGAGGAGUUGGCCAAGCUCGCGGAGAAGGAGGGAAAGAGCGUCCAGGUUUAAAGACGCUACUUAGCCCCUCCACUUUUUCACGCUUUGCUUUCUUCCCCACGUUCGUGAUUACUGGUGGGUUCUCUUAUUGUACAGGUUUUUGUUCUUGUCUGAUAGGACCGUGCAUGUCUUUGGGGGUCCGGCCUUUGGGUUUUGAUUAUUUAUUUCCAUAUUUUGCUAUACUGCAGUUCGGCGUUUUCUUGACGGUGUAUGAAAAAAAAGGCAGGAAGACUUCCAAUGAGAAUUCACCCCAUGCAUCCAAGCAUGUUUUGAUCAUGCCCCUAGGCAUUCGUUUUCUUUGUUAAUGUCGAACUAAGUGGGCCUUCCAUGCGACUGCCGUAUUAUUGUGGAUUCGGCAUGGCAGAUAGCAGAUGGGGUGCGGCCUCAGCGUCGUUCACCCAUCAAUGUUCAAUGGCACUGAUUGGCCUGGUAAAUUGGAUGCUA